AUGUCCGCGACGAAUUUCGUCAAGGAGAGAGCACCUCUGGUCUCCUCUGAUAGCGCCCAGGUCAAUCCAUACAACCCCCUUUCAAGUACAAAAGAUGGCGCCACCGCACAAUUUUCAGAUUCCUUACAUAUUGAUGUCGACCUGCCCCAGACCGAAAACGCCUUGACAAAAGCUUUUCAUACACAGACACCCGCUCCGCCUCCAACACCGCCAUCACCGCUAUUGGAACCUAGAAAGAAAUCGUCGCCGGUUCCCGAUUCCGACGAGUCCCAAAUUCCGACUUCUAACGGAGCAGUAAACACCACACCAACCCGUCAAACAGACCCCAUCACCCCGGAUAUUACGCCUCCACGGGUUGUAUCGCACGGGCGCAGGCGGUUGACGCAAAAUCGAAAUUUCCCGUCUAUCUCAUCCAGAGCGGAAUCUUUUCAGACGGCGCGAGAGAUUCUCUCUUCAGACGACGACGUGCAUACUGGACUUCCUCUUGAUGUGGCCCCUUUGACACCACACUCGCGUCGAUUACCGUCUUCGCCGCAAUCACGUAGCAGCAUUCCUCAACAAACUGGCCAUAGUUCGCAUGAGAGUAGUCCAUAUUAUGUUUCGACGGCAGAGCAUCCAGACCCUCGUUAUUUUCCCUCUUUUGAUGGGAACUGGAAAGAACCCCGGACAAAGUCACUCCAGCUACCGAAACAAAGAAAACCAAAGGAUUCUUUUAAAGGUGGUGCAACUCAGCCCAAGGUUCUGGCUACAGAUCGCCCAGUGCGUGACUUGGGAUGCAUAUCAGACCGGGAAAAAUCUCUACGCGUAAGGGUAAAGGACUCUAGGAAAGGGGCGCAGCGAGUUUCUAUUGAGAAGUUUGGAAAGGAAAUUGGGUGGUUCCCCUCUGAUGAAUAUGAUAACCAUUCUUGCCGGCUUUCCGGGCUGUCAGCCACGUCGACCGUCGAGGCAGUCAUAAUUGACUCUCCGCCUAUGAAGAAGCAAACUCUAAGACACACUGGAAAAGCUGACUCUCUUCGCUCUGUGGGCUCGCCUACGACACGGUCGAUCCGUGAUACCUCGAUAUCAAGAACUUCAGAACAGGGGCCUCGUUUGGUUCGCAAAACGAUACAAAUUACGGAUUGCGAUCGUUGGAGUAGUGGAUCUGACACUCUCUCAUUCGUAUCUACGGUCUACUCUAAACCUAAGCAGGUUGAAGAAAUCAUACCUGUUGUUGUGAUUCCACGACGGCAGUCAUCCCUGAAGUCUAGCCUACCCAAGCCUACUCUAUUUGGUAGAGCGCAUUCACAAACCCGUUCUUUGACCGAACAUCGUCGACCGACCACAGCCCCCAAUAACGGGCCUGUUUCUCAGCCUUUCGAUAUUCCGAAGCGGCGACGUACGCUUUCAGAAUCUUUACCCUAUGCACAGAAACCGGGUGGUGCCACACGGCGAGCUUCAACUUCUAGGCCCAAAAUACCAACACGACGGUCCUCUUUGUCCGCUCCUACGAGUAAAAACGCAUCGCGCACGACAUCUCUUACAUUGGAGAGCUUGAAGCGGUAUGAAGCCGUACAGGAAACCUACCCUAUUCUGAACAAGCAAACCAACGAAAAACCCGAAGAUUUGAUACCGAUCAUUAAUCCCCCAGGUAGUGAAAAGCAACUCGCAUCCGAGCUUACCGUAACCGAAAAUAAUGACCAAAGUCAUCUCUUCCCCGAUCACCAAUGUAACGAUCCACGUAUGCAGACUCCGUUGUCGACAACACCCUUUCAACCAUCGAUCCAGUCUUUGUCUCCUGGCCCUAUUGAGAUUUCAGAGGCUCGUGUUGUGCCUUUUUUCGCGCACAACAACAAAUCACUUUUGAUUGUUGAGCAGUAUGCGCAGCCUUAUGCCGCCCAGCGGUUACGUAUGCCUCGGACUGGCCAUGGAGCGGCUGUUGCAGAUCGAACAUCGAACAUGCCCGCUGGAAGCCAAGCAACAGAAGUGGACUCACCGCUUCGCAACCUGAGACCUCCGCCACGACCACGACCUCCCUUUUUUAAAAUCACUCCACCAAGCUCGCCCGAAAAAAAUAGCAACACCACAGAAAAUAACAACGAGUUGGUACGACGAUGGGAGUCGUUGCGACGUAGUUUCACUUAUAGACGUUAUGCGGACGGCCGCGAGUCGGGGCAGCCCGCUCACCGAUUUAAAAACCGCAAAGCUGGCAAAGAUAUUGACAGCAAGCUAUAUCCACUUUGGCGACCUCGAGGGUUCUGGGAGGAUUUCAAAGACGCCGACGCCCGUGACGAGCCCGCACUCAAACACUCAAGUCUUGGCAGCGAUGAAUGCAUCAGCAAUUCUCUAGGCAUACCACAGAAACGAUUGCUGAGCGGCCCAAUGGCUCUUGUCCGACGCGUGUCGAACGGAGCUCGAUUGCGGGCGCGACGCCGUAGGAAUGUUAGCCAUACUAGCGUCGUCAGCGCCACGUUGUCCUUAUCUGGUCGGCAACACCAUGCUCUGCCCCCUUUCCUAUCCCUGCGCGAGAUGCAACGCUGGGUCCAGCGUGUUCGGCGAAAGAGAGAGCGCGAGAAGAUUGAGGCCAGAAGACAAAAAUUGCGUGGAAUUAUUGGUGACAGAGUGACGGUGGAUCCGAACUCAAUCGCGCCCCGAUGCAUUCAAUCAACCUAA